AUGGCUAAUAGCUUUGUUACAGUACUGGAUCAGUCAUUUGAUCCCCAGGCAAUAUAUGGCGUGGAAAAGUCACUUGACAUGACGCACUCUAAUCGCAUCGAUGAUUAUUCUCCUUUCUUUGCCGAAACCGAUGAUGAUAUGUCUUCAAGCUUGGUGGCGAAAGUUCAGCAACUCAAGAAGAGGUUGAUCAAGUUGGCCAAGAUGCAAAAAGCAUUUAUGAGGAAAUUGGACGAGCCAGUACCGAUCUCCACAACUGUUCUGCCGGGUGAACCUGGAAGGUUGGGACCAAGGGGUAUACGAGGACCACCUGGUGCGCCUGGCCCACAAGGGCUGACAGGAGCCGUUGGAAGAUAUGGUGUGACGGGAAACUCCGGAGUUCCUGGCGACAUGGGCCCCAUGGGCCUCCCUGGGCUACCUGGCGACCAGGGAGAUCGAGGCAGGACCGGCGUCCCCGGCAUCCAGGGACCUCCGGGCCCGCGAGGUCUCGUCGGCGAACCAGGACAGAAAGGAGACAAUGGACCCCCAGGAUAUCCAGGAGAGAAUGGUAUGGCUGGUCUUCCAGGUCAACGAGGAAACCCGGGACCCAGAGGGCAAUCUCCCAGAGGACCUCCGGGAGAUCCUGGCACCCCUGGUACUCGAGGCCUUCCUGGACCCAAGGGCCCCCCUGGUGCACGAGGACCCCCUGGUCCUCCCGGUAAUGCAGGAGCCCCGGGUGACAUCGGAGCCAGGGGUGCCCAGGGUCCCGCAGGCAAGGACACCGACGUGAUCAGCGCUAACAUGUGUCCCGGGAUCCGAGAGGAAUCGAAGAAACACGUGUGCUGCGGCACAUCUAAUGUGGCAUGGGAAGACUUCAAGACAUACGGCACGCUCAUCGACGUCAACACAGACCGGUGCAAGUUCCUCAAUGACGAUGUGAUGUACUUCACCAGCGUGUUUGGCAACAGCUUGAUCGGCGGGUUUGCCGGGGUGGGCAGCAUCCACGACUCGAAGAAGGACAGCUUUCGUAUGUACGUGAUGGCGCCGGCGAAGACCCGACAGGCGUGGGAGGUCAACUCCAACCAGGUCAAGGUGCAGUGGUGCGGCGUGGGCGAGUCCACUGGGCCUCAGGAAGUCGGGCUUUGCUGCGGGCUGACCUCCCCCAAUGACUGGUCCAACGACAACGCAGGGAGAAGCAUCCAAGUCAACAUCAACACGAAGGCUUGUCAGUUCGGAGGGAGCCCACAGUACUUCAGUACGCUGAGCGGCAUGGGCGCCGUGCAGGACACGGUCGGCACCGCCUCCAUCUACCCGGGAUCCGACCUUCCUAAGAACUCGUUCCGCUCCAUGAUCGGGGGCCUGAGCUCGUACCUUGACACCGUCACCAAGGCAAAUGCCCGAGCGAACAACUGGCAGCUGGGAUGGUGCGGGAUCGGGUCCGUGUUCCCGACCGGAGACAUGCUCAUCAACCGCAAGGAGAUCACGGCGGCCGAGUACCCUUGCACGGGAGUACGACUGGUGUCGGGGAGCUCGGUAGCGAGCAACGCGGCGAGGGCCUGCUGCGGGAUAUCGGAGGGCCAGUGGAAGUCGGACUCGACCAACCUCGUCUACGAGUACGUCGACACGUCAUCGUGCAACUUCAAAGCCAGCCCGGCCCCCGUCUACCUUACGAGCCUCAGGGGCACAGGCAAGCUCUUCGAGAUGGGAGGGGUAACCUCCGUGUACGACCCGUCAGUCAAGGGCUUCACGACCAAGCUGAUGCUCAGCUCGGUGUCAGGGAACAUGGAUGUAGAAAAGGCGAAGCAGUACAGCCUGCAGGUACAAUGGUGCGGCUUCGGGGAGAAGGCUAGUUGA